AUGGCCUCCAUUAAUAAACACCUUCAUCUCCGGAUCGCAAUUCUUCUUCUUCUCCUUCUAGUUGCUCUGUUUUCCCCGAUCGAAUCCCACUCCGCCCCUGUCUCAGACCUGUGCGAAUCCGUGUGCCAGAAGAGCACCAACUACGCGUCGUGCAUCAAAACCAUAGCAGCCGACCCGCAGCUGGCGAAGGCCGGGGACGUCAAAACCCUAGCCACGCUCGCAAUGGAGAAGGCGAAGAAGCAGUCGGCGACGCUGACCAAGAUGUUCGACGAGAUGGAGAAGAAGAACGGUGGCGGCGAACCGAAAUUUCAGGAGGCGCUGAAGCUCUGCUCGAAGGAUUUCAAGGACGCCAAUUUCUUCUUCAACCCUCAAGGGAUGGGCCCCAUAUUCAAGAGCGAGGACAUCCACUCGGCGCUAGACUAUUACCAGAAUUGCAAGAGGUUGUUGAAGCGGAAUGGGGAUUUCGACAAGGUGGGGCCCGAGCUGAGGAAGUGGAGGCAUUUUUACACCAUCGCCAGCGGGGCGAUUCUGAAGGCGGAGGCUGAUGCUCGUGGCAAAUCGGGUGAUCUCCUUGCCGGCGGCGGCGGUGGCGGCAGCGUCGCUGGCGGUGGAAGUGCCGGUGCCCCCAGUAGCGUCGCCAGCGGUGGCGGCAGCGUCGACAGUGGAAGUGCCAGUGCCCCCAGCAGCGGCGGCGCCACCGGCAGCGCCGGCAGUAGCAGCAGCACCGGCGGCACCGCUGGCGGCAGCGCCCCCAUGGGCAGCAUUAGCAGCAUGAUUGACCCCAGCGUCAGGAGCUUCUUCGACAGCUCCAGCGGCGGAGGCGGCAGCAUUGACGCCGGUAGUGGCAGUGGCAGCGGCGGUGCCAGUGGCAGCGGCGGUGCCAGUAGCAGCGGCAGCGGCGGUGCCAGUAGCAACAGUGGCAGUGGCGGUGCAAGCAGCGGCGGCAACAGUGCCGGCACCGGUGGCGGUAUCGGGCUUCCUCCUUUAGAUUUGCCGUAA